UUAUUUUUCCAGGUUUCUGCUGUUUGAGGUAUUCACUAAACGCAUGAUCAGUUGUGGCCAUCUUCCUGAUACACUCACAGAUCUUUGUUGUUUCAUCCUGGAUAAUGGUUCUGACACUCACUAGUCCUCGGCAAUCUUACUUCCGCUUUGCAUGCUGUCUCAGAGAAGGAGCUUCCUUGUCUUGAAGUCAGUGGGGACAGAGUCUUGGUAAAUCUCGCACUUGAUGGCAACUUGUACUGUGGUUUAAAGUUGGCCUACAGUCUUGUUCGAAGUGUAAAAGUGGACGACCGGUCGAUUAGAACUUCCUUUUUUUUACACAAAGCGAUCGAGAAGAUUUUUUUGAAGGUUCGGUUGUCUUCGAAAAAUGCUUACUAGAAGCUGCCUGAUUUUCCCAAUUCUAUUCUUCACCGGGAAAUCAUUAGCAUGUCAUCAGAUAAAUGCUUCUUGUGCCGACAUUAAAACCCUCGCUGGAUUCACGUUCAAACAUGGAUCACUUCCCGAGGGAAGUAAGAUUUAUGUCUACGACAACGGGACAAGUAUUGGCCAUGCUGAACUGCGGAAUCCACCCUCCAUUAGGUUGUCAUCUGAAGUUGUGCACAUGGACAACAACUCAGUGACGACAGUGAAGUGCAGAGACAUCACAAUUCAAAGCAUAGUUCCUGAUGGAUUGUGGAAGGGAAAGCCUGUUGUCAAAGAACACUGUACCUAUUUCAAAAUUAUUGCUGAUGUCACAGCUCCAAUUAAGACCGAUCCCAACGAGUCACAGGCGUUGCCGACCCUCAUCUAUUAUAUUUUCCCAGCCAUUCUAGGGAUAAUCAUAAUCAUAAUUGGGAUUGGUCUUCUUCUCCACAACUGGAAAGCACAUCUGGAGCAGCAGCACAGUGAAGCCAGUGUUUCUGGGUUUAUAAUGUACCUACUGACUUGCCUCCAAAAGACAGGAGAGGGACAAGAAACUAGAGCUCCCCCUGGACAGCGUAUAGAUAAUGAGCAAGGCACUGCACUUGAAUGUGUAGUUGUUCAAAGCACUGAGGCUGAUGUCAAUACUCCUCAAUCCCCCAGCGUGGACCGCAACUUGAGCACAGAGAGAAUUCAGCUAACUAAAAAUGGAGACAUCAGUACCCACAAUGUUAGCAGAAUCUCUCAUCACCGCUCUAUGAACAGGAACUUCAAGAAAGAACCAGGAGGGGUGAAUAGCGACAAAGGACAAAACAUUAGCGAACUGGACACUGGAGGUGCUGCUGGUAAUCGUGCAGAACAUGAUGAGACUGAAGGACAACCACUGCUAACCAGUAAACGUUUUGACAUGACAGGUGAAGCCGGACCAUUGGCGAACAAGGCUGGCUUUGACCGAGACGGAGUCAACAGGUGCUCAGCUGUACCGAACACUGACGUGGAGUCACAAGAAAUACAAGAAGUAGGAACAGGAAGUAACCAAUAGCAACAACAAUGAUAAUAAUAAUG